UCAUGGAUUAUAUCUAAACCACGGAUGAUUUAAUCCAGGAUAGUGUAAAGCAGCAUAAAUGAUAAGAUAAUCCAUGGAUGUUAAUUGGAAAGAUUUGGGACUGCUAAGAAUGUUUUGCUCUCAAGAUCAGCGUUUUUUUCUCUCCUCCGCCGAGAUGCAUGGGGCAUCAUCAGAUUUCCAUACAGAUUCACGCACACACACACACACACACACACACACACACACGCGCGCGCGCAUUCUGAAGGUUUGGGUAUAUUCAAACCGAAUUAAACUCGUUAACCGACGUUAAAUAUACAGGAAAACAGGAGUGAUCGGAUAUGCGGGAUGACACCACAGUCUGCAGAGGCACUACAGUGAACAGCGCCAUUCAAUUCGAUGAAAAUGCGUGUCUGGAUACUGACACUAAUCUUGCUGCUUGCCGCUUCUCUGAGCCUGGUUGAGAUGUAUGACAAUUAUGGGGAGAUCUGUAGGAAUUUGUGCACUUGUGAAGAAAAAGAGGGCAUCCUGACAGUCAGCUGCGAGAACCGGGGCAUCGUAAGACUGUCCGAAAUCAGCCCGGUUCAUUUCCCCACGUAUCACCUUCUACUGACAGGGAACCUGCUGAAAAAAUUGUCUGUCAAUGACUUCAUCAACUAUACUGGAGUCACCAUUUUGCAUUUAGGCAACAACGACAUAUCCGAAGUGGAGACUGGGGCUUUUAAUGGACUCCAGGGAUUAAGGAGGUUGCACCUAAACAACAACAAAAUAGAUGUUCUUAGGGAUGAUACGUUUACUGGAUUAGAAAACCUGGAAUACCUUCAGAUUGAUUAUAAUUUUAUUAGCAUUAUUGAACCUAAUGCUCUUAAUAGGCUCCACCAUUUGACUGUGCUAAUUUUAAAUGACAACCUCUUGUCAUCGCUGCCUAUCAACAUUUUCAAAAAUGUGCCCUUGACCCACCUGGAUCUCAGGGGCAACCGCUUGAAAAUGUUCCCUUAUAUUGGCCUUUUGGAACACAUGGAUAAAGUGGUGGAAUUACAGUUAGAGGAGAAUCCAUGGAAUUGUUCUUGCGAACUUAUCGCGCUAAAAGCUUGGCUAGAAAGCAUUGCCUACACGGCACUAGUUGGCGAGGUGGUUUGUGAGACUCCGUUCCGGCUCCAUGGCCGUGAUCUUGAUGAGGUCUCCAAGCAGGAGCUGUGUCCUCGAAGGGCCAUUUCGGAAUAUGAGAUGCGCCCUCUGCCACCUCUCAGCACAAAUGGAUAUUUCCAGACGACGCCGGCUGCAGUGACUUCCUCAGCCACAUCCUCUGCAGUGCUGAGGUCGUCAUCCCGGCCUACCAAGGGUACUCGGCAGUCCAACAAGACCAGGUCUAAGCCUACUUCUCGCAUCCCUGGCAAUCCCUAUAACUAUGGGCCAAUUAUAGCUUUUCAGACCAAAUCUCCCGUGCCUUUGGAUUGCCCUACGGCAUGCACGUGCAACCUCCAGAUCUCUGAUCUUGGGCUCAACGUCAACUGCCAAGAACGGAAAAUCGAGAGCAUAUCAGAUUUAAAACCCAAGCCGUAUAAUCCAAAAAAGAUGUACCUCACUGGGAAUUACAUCCCUGUUGUGCGUCGAUCGGAUUUCGUUGAGGCAGAGGGAUUGGAUUUGUUGCACUUGGGAAACAAUCGGAUAGCGCUCAUACAUGACAGGGCCUUUGGGGAUUUAAUUAACCUUCGAAGGUUGUAUUUGAAUGGCAAUUUGAUUGACAGGCUCACUGCAGAGAUGUUCUUUGGGCUCCAGAACCUGCAGUACUUGUAUUUAGAGUACAACAAGAUCAAGGAGGUUGUUGCAGGUACAUUCCGUUUUGUGCCAAACCUUCAGCUGCUUUUUCUAAACAACAAUCUGCUAAAAACCUUGCCGGGAGGCAUCUUUUCUAGUAUGUCACUCUCAAGACUCAAUCUACGCAACAACCACUUUCAAAACCUGCCUGUGAGUGGAGUUCUAGAUCAGCUUAAGGCUUUGGUGCAAGUGGAUCUCUUUGAAAACCCUUGGGAUUGCACGUGUGAUGUGGUAGGCAUGAAAAUAUGGCUGGAGCAGCUUAACUCUGGCACUGUGGUAAAUGAUGUUAUUUGUGCAACUCCAAAGAGACUUGCAGGGCAAGACAUACGCAGUAUCGCUUCUGAACAACUGUGUCCUGAUUACUCGGAUAUUGUUGUAUCUACGGUAGCACCAUCAGAAGCAACCUUGGAAGGGAAGGUAAUCACCACGGAGACCCCUUUGAGAUUUAACAAUUCUUCAAGCACCGUCCCAUUGUCGGUUCUCAUCCUUAGCCUGCUGCUGGUCUUCAUUAUGUCAGUUUUUGUGGCUGCCGGGCUGUUUGUGGUGGUCAUGAAGCGCAGAAAAAAGUCACAAAGUGACCGCACCAGCACCAACAACUCGGAUGUAAGCUCUUUUAACCUUCAGUACAGUCUUUAUAGCAAUCGUUCCGUCCCCAAAGUCAAAUCCCCAGCAGGGCAUGUCUACGAGUACAUUCCCCAUCCUCUCGGGCACAUGUGCAAAAACCCCAUUUAUAGAUCUAGAGAAGGGACCACUGUGGAGGAUUAUCCUGAUCUGCAUGAGCUCAAAGUUAGCUACAGAAACACCAAUGAGGAAGCGCGGGAUCCAACAUCGAGAAGCCCCACAUACACUGUUAGCACCAUUGAACCCCGGGAGGAGCCGUCGACUGCUCAGGACGCAGAGCAUUUCUUCCGAGGGAUCUUAGAGCCGGAUAAAACUCCGAAUAGUGCCGGAAAUAGGUACGAUUACAAGUACCCCAGUCCUGGAUCUUACACGUACAACCCAAAUUUCGACGUACGUCGGCAAUUCUUGCAUCCUGAGGGAAUUAGAGAAACUAUGCUCUAUAGCUCAGCUCCAAGUACUGUCUACGUGGAGCCGAACAGGAACGAAUAUUUGGAACUAAAGGCGAAACUCCAAAUGGAGCCGGAUUACCUCGAAGUUCUUGAGAAACAGACAACCUUUAGCCAGUUUUAAUCCUAGUCUAUGAACAUGAGUACUGUUAGAGAUUUUCACCCCAUUUCCGUGUCGGAGGUUACAUCGGGGUGUACGCUGUACGCCAUCUUUAAAGAAACAACAGAACAAAGGCAACAAACAAAAAUCCUACAAUGGGGUGUGCCAAACUGUCUUACUUUAAUUUUUAAAGAUACAUGACAUUAAAGGAAAUAAAAAAAGAGAAAAAAAACUCUCGGGAUGAAAGCACGAGUUGUGAUACAAAACUGCUGAUGCAAAAAUCGCAAAAUCUAUUUUUUUAAGUUGACAAAUUGAAUACACGUAAAUAAACAAACGUAGCUGUACAGAUUAAUCCAAGUACGUCUUUUUCAGGAGUAUAUUCAUGCAGAUAUUGCGAACUUUAACAAUACAAAAUUGAAAAAGAACGCUGUAUUACAGUGCAUCUAACUGUGCAGGACAAUUCCUCUGCUCUAGUCUGUAAGUAAGUAAGUAUUUAUUGGUAUAAUCUCCAUGUAUUUUUAACAUUAUUUGAUUCUUCAUCAUUAUGACCUGUACCAUUAUCCCUCUGUACAAGCUUUUUGUUUGUAAUUUUUUGAUCAUUUAUUGUAGCUUGCAUUGUACAAGUUGCUUUCUUUCAGCGGUGGCACACCCCUCUCCCUAUCUACCACCCCCUACCCCAAACAACCCCCCCACCCACCCAGACCUUCCAAACUUCCCAAUCCUCCACCCUCAUCUCCAGUGUCAAAGAUAGACUUUUGCUUCAUUUAAAGAUUUAAAAAAAGAAGUGUCUUUGUAUGCCGUCUGCACUUUUUUGAAAAAAAAAAAAAUAUCAAAAGAAAGAAAAAAUGGAGGGCCAACGUUGGUCUUCCCAGCUACCAUUAGAGGAAUUAUUAUAUAUUAAAAAAUUAUUCAUUCAUUCUUAAUAUGUAUUUUAAUAUGUUAUCAGAAACAAAUUCAUAAAUGAUAAUUGAAGUAAUAAUUAUGUUGUGUAAUACUAUUUUAAUGUAACACCUAUUUUUAUACAAGCAUUCGCAAUUCUCUCU